UUAUUUAGGAAGACUAGCUCAAUCUAAUAAUCAAAUUAUUUUGUGUCUGGUGAAAUCAAAAAGCAUGGAUUUUGUUUUCAGAAUUGUUUUUCCUCUGCUUGUUUUUUUCUUUGGCCAGUUCAUAAGUGUUAGUAAUGGACACCUUGAGAGACCAUAUAGGAGCAGGAUUGAAGUUAGUAAUGGAGGGCGUUGGGGCUCAUGGGGACAUCAAGAGAUGUGUCCCUUUGGAACCUAUGCUACAGGCUUUAGUCUCAAAGUUGAACGAGCAAUAGGAGAUGGGGAUGACACAGCUCUAAAUGGAAUUGCCCUUCGCUGCAGUAUGCCAGCAUAUGGUACUCAGUCCUAUUCUACAGUCCAGUCUGAUGUAGGAAGCUGGGGGACUUGGACACAGAACAUUUGGUGCAGCAGCGGCGUGUUAAAUGCAUUUCAGCUACGUGUAGAAGGACCUCAAGGACGUGGUGAUGAUACCGCUGCCAACAACAUACGGUUUUCUUGCAGCUCAGGAGAAAUACGCACCGGUGAUGGCAUGUACUGGGGAGAAUGGGGUGAAUGGAGUCCUCAGUGUGUUAAGACAGCAAUUUGUGGAAUCCAAACAAAAGUCGAGAUUCCACAAGGUUCAGGAGACGACACCUCUCUUAAUGAUGUCCGCUUUUUUUGCUGCUCAUUGGGUUAAUAAACCAUUUAAUAAAGUUUGCAUAAUUAAGUGAUAUGCUUAUGUCACAUAAUUAUUGGGAUAGCUUUAUAUUAAAAAAUACAGUUUUUACAUUUGUUAUUACAGAGUUAAAGGUUUAAUGCAUGUGGUAAACUUAUUAGAUAAUUCUCAUUAGAUAAAACUCAGCACUAGUUAAUAGUACUUGUUCAGCUUUAUAAACAUUUUAAUUGUAUAAACACAUUUAUACUUGUUCAUUUAUGUGAUUAUUCAAUCAACCAAUCAUGAAGCAGUAUUUCAAUAAAUCAUUACAGUUAUCUUUAUUGCACUUAAUGGUCUCGGUAUCAAUAUUAAUAUAUUUAAAUAUAUAAGUAAUAAUAUAAUAAAUGUAUUAGAAAUAUGAGGAAAUUUGAAUUAAUUAUUUAUAUUCUACAGAAUAUUUACAUGACUGUCCUCUGAAACUUCGUAAGCGUAUUUCUUUUUAUAUGUUCUAGGGUAAGGGAUGGUGGCAUGGAGAAGAUAGAUAAUAAAAAGGAACUUCAUCCACCAUCCUGGCUGCUCUUUAUCUUAUAACGAACAUUUCCCUGU